GGCGAGCAACUACAUUUCGUCGUUUUUCGAGUUGGAAUAUUAGCCGUUAUCAGGUCUCUCAAGACGAAACGCGCUGUCGGUGUGAUGAUAACUGCAUCUCAUAAUCCGGAGGAAGACAACGGAGUCAAAAUCAUUGAGCCUAAUGGUGAAAUGCUGUGCCAGUCAUGGGAAGAGCAUGCCUCACAAGUGAUCAAUGCUAAACUGGAAAAUUCAUUGCUCUGUGGCGUUCAGGUUGCGGCUGGAAAACUGGUGCGUUACGGUAAGCUGAAGAUUUUAGAAAUCAUUAUGAUCAAUUUUCUAGGGUUACUUACGACACCUCAGCUACAUUAUUUGGUGUUCCGUUACAACAAUGGCACACCAAUCGUGACAGAACAAAGUUAUUACGAAAAUCUUGUCGAUGCGUUCGUUCGACUCAACAUAUCGAACGCCCAAGCUCAUUAUGUUCCGAAGGUUCACUUGGACUGUGCCAACGGCGUAGGAGGCCAGAAGCUGCGAUGGCUUACAAAUGCGUUGGAGAAAUCUGGGACCGGUUUGACGAUUGUGCCAGUGAACACGGAGCUGACCUGUUUGAACCUGAAGGUUAUAUUAAUAAUUUUUAUACUUGCAAAUGAACUAGAGAAAUGGGCAUCGCUCGAUGGGGACGCUGACAGACUGGUCUAUUAUUAUCUCGAUUUAAGUAAUGUUACGUCAAUUCAUUGUUUUGUAGAUCAACAGUUUCGUCUACUUGAUGGAGAUAAAAUUGCCGCUUUGUUUGCCAAGUACAUCAAAGAACUACUCGAUACUAGUAAAGUUGAUUUGAAACUGGGUGUUGUGCAAACGGCGUACGCAAAUGGUGCUUCCACAAAGUUCAUCGAGGAUGUGCUGCAAGUUACUGUCAUAUGCACAUAUACGGGUGUGAAGUUUCUGCAUAAGGCAGCGAAAGAAUUGGACAUCGGAAUCUACUUCGAGGCAAACGGCCAUGGAACGGUGAGUAACCGAGCUACGUUUAUGCAAACAAAUUCACGUGCUACUGGUGACGCUAUCUCUGAUCUUUUGCUGGUGGAAUCAAUUUUGCGAAUCUUUGAUUAUUCGAUGGUUGAAUGGGACGGUCUUUACGUCGAUAUGCCCAGCAGACAACUGAAAGUUCAAGUAUUUGCUGUUAGCACGACGGUGAGGAAAGUUCUGACCAGAUCACUCGUCAUAAUUGUGUUGAAUUAUCAAAUCCGGUUACGAUUAUUUAUUUAA